UUUUUUGGUUUUGGGGGUAAAAGUUUUAAUCUUUUUCUUUAUGUUGAUCUUCGACAUGGGAAUCCAAUGUCAAAGAAAGAGGAUUAAAACAAUAAAAAGUAUAGGACCCACUUUCAGUUUGGACAUUUUGAAUGAAAAAGAGCAUUGGAGUUCUCAAUUGCUGGUUUUCUGGAUUGCAUUUUUUCAGUGUAUGGAGAGGAUCCAAUGCCUGUUUCUUUUGGGGUCUUAUAAAAUAAGAUAGGGUUUGCACUGGGUUUAAUGUGCGUCUGCUGCUACAAGUCUUGGGGUUUUCUUUUUUGGAUUUUAGUGCAUUUGAGGGCUCUUUCUGGUUACCCUUGUGAAUGACAAAGCUACUUUGCCUGGGUGUUUGUGUGAAUGUCUGUCCUUAAAGCAUUUUGGAUGCUGCUAGGCCUUCUGCCGCCUGAAUGCCUGCCGGAUCCUUUGAGGCUAAGAAAAUACAUUGGUCUUGUAAACUUAGGUUCUCUGGUUUUUAUAUGUUUCAGUAUGAGCUACAUUGGAUUGUGAAUGAAGUGGGAUUCUUCUAGGUAUGCAUUAUUUAAACUUAUGAAAUCUCUAGCUUAGGUUCGGGAGACUUUUGUAGAAAUCCAAGAGUCCACAAUAAUCAACGAAUCUAUAAAUUGUCCGCGCAUAAACUGUUCUGUGUUUCAUUUUGGGUGCGCGUCUUUAGGUGUUCUAGGUCUGCAUAUAUCCCAUUUUCUUCUUCUUAGGUCGGACAGAGAAUACACUGGGAUUCUUGGGUGCAUGGAUUUUUAUUUUGGGAUAUGAUAAACUUGGAUUUUUGGGCGCAUGGAUUUUUAUUUUCGUUUAUUUCUAAUGAAUCUAUGGGGCUGUUGUUCUUGGUUUGGAAUAUAUGUGUAAUGGCCACCUAAGUUCACAGUAGUUCUUACAUUCUUAGGGCGUCCAAGCAUAACUGGUUAUUUUUGCUGCCUUAUAUUUCGUGGGUGUGGUUGGUUAUACGAAUAUGCAAGGGAGCCUUCAUCUGAGGUCUGGUGCCCAAAAGUGUCAUUUUAUUGCAAUGUAUAAGAAUCAGCUUCAAGAGCUUGCUCAAAGGAGCUGCUUCAAUCUGCCAUCAUAUUCUUGUAUCAGAGAGGGGCCUGACCAUGCACCCAGAUUCAAAGCCACUGUUAACUUCAAUGGAGAGGUCUUUGAGAGCCCUAAUUAUUGCAGCACUUUAAGGCAGGCUGAGCAUGCCGCUGCAGAGGUGGCCCUCAGUACUCUCUCCAAAAGAGGACCUUCUCAGUCUUUGGCUGCAAGAAUACUGGAUGAGACUGGAGUUUACAAGAAUUUGCUACAAGAGAUAGCCCAGAGAGCAGGAGCACCUCUGCCAGUGUAUACCACAGUGCGUUCUGGAUUAGGCCAUCUUCCUGUUUUCACGUGUACAGUCGAGUUAGCAGGUAUAAAUUUCACAGGUGAACCUGCUAAGAACAAAAAGCAAGCUGAGAAAAAUGCUGCAAUGGCUGCCUGGUCAAGCCUAAGACAGUUGCCACAUCAAAGUGGAUUUUCCUCAGUUGAAGGAGACGGUAACGAGGAGCAGGAGCAAAUCACUAUUGCCAGAGCCCUUUCAAGCCACAGACACAAGGAGUUGACCUUUUCUAGGCAGUCGAAACAGCAGCACUCAGGAGCCAGGAGAAGGAUGUUGGCUCAAAGAGAGAGUGGGAGUCAUUCUUUCGAACAACAAUCUUUUGGAGGAGGAGGAUCUCAAUGGGUUUCUCCAGAUAUGUCCUUAGAUGGCUGUUCCAGGUUCAGUUCAAAUCAGAACCAGCACCAUCAGCAGAACCUCCAUCUUACCGCAUCUCCAUCAUCUGGAUCUAAGAUUUUGCCAUUUAUUAGAUCAAUCUUUCCGCAGAGGAAUAGAUCUGGGUCUCUUCAUGAUUCAUCAUCAGCAUCCUCUAUGUCAAGGGAAGCUAUUGCAGCAAAUAGAGCUGCUGCUGCUGCUGCAUCUGGCAGUAACUCUCGAAAUGAGCCAUUGGUACUGGCUUUAACAAGAGAAUCGGUUGCAGCUAACAGGACCAGUUCCAACAUCAGAACUGUUCAUAGACCCACAUCACAGCAGGCUUCACUGCCACUCGAAGAACAUGAAAGGGAUGAAGACGAAUGGCUUAGAGGAGAUUUUCCAAGGGAGAGCAAAGCAGCUAUAUUGGGCAUUUCCAAUUUAGCAGAAUGGGCUUCUGCAUUUGCUUCUACCAAUUCACUGCCCUGGGCUAAUUCUGCACAAUCGUGGAAUUUUAAUAGGCAGCAGCAGCAACAACAACACCAGCAACUAAUGCAACAAAGCAUUUCCCAACCUGUUUCCUCAUUUGGAGGAUUAGGUUGUCGAGCAACUCCUUCAUCCAUGGCGGCACCACCCGUGAGAAUAAGGACUGCAAUACCAGUAUGUGCAGACCCUCCCCAACGAAGGUCUUGUUCAGAGUUUGUAGGCAAUGAUGCCAAUUUGGUGCCUCCAACAAUGCUUUCUGCCCCGGCAGUCCGAAUUCGAUCUGCAAUACCAGUUUUCUCUGCUCCACCUCCUAGGAGGCCUUUACCACAAACACCAAAUAGAAUUUCUGUGGAGGAAGAAGACUCCACACUGCAAUUGCUCAAUCGUCUUCGAUUUUGAUAUCUUCAAUCUGGCCCACUGUUAUUUUUGAGGAUUCAUUCAUUUGAAGCCACUUUCCCCUAGCCCAGGCUGUGUCUGGCAAUCCCUAUUCUGCUUUUUCCCUCCUGUUUUUGUGCAAGGUUGUAGAGCUUAGACAAUUAAUGUAUUCUGGAGGGGUGUCCAAGCUCUUGACCUGAGUAUAUGAUAUUGUCCAUAAUAUAUAAAUCAUUGGAGCAGGCCUCUGUUACAUAUCUUUCAAAUGACACAAUAUUCUAGCAGGUUUUCAGAAAUCAGUUCUGUGUUUUGGAGGAUGUUGCAGCUAUUGAUGAUAUCUGCGGUUAUUAGAGAAUUGUCAUCUUAUAGUGUAUUGGGAUGAGAAAUCAUAAUUUUUUUAAUGGGUGCCAGAUGCAGUUGAAACAAAGUUGAAGAGGAGUCACCUGUAAAGACGGAUUUGUGGGUUUUUGUUUGAAUAUGCAAGUUUAUGUUAGUAAUAUGAUAUACAUUUGUUCCA